UUCGGGUCGUCACAGAUUCUGUCUAGCUAUAUGGGCAUCAUCCAAGCAAUUAUGGGCUUCUACCAAGACUCGGGCGAUGCCUUACAAUCUUAUGUUUGUGAUGAUCUCUCGAUUGUUCUGGUUGUUCAUGGACCUGUCUAUCUGGUAGCCAUCAGUAAGCUAAGGGAAGGGACGGCAGCGUUGCGUGUUCAGCUAGACUUGCUCUACGCACACAUUCUGUCCACCGUCACGGCAACUGCCCUGAAACGCGUCUACGACCGCAGCGAGAAUUUCGACCUAAGUCGCAUGAUACAAGGCGCCGAAGUAUUUCUGGAUCGAUUGUCGGACGACAUGAUACGCGGUGACUUGAGCAUCAUGCUCUCAGCAGUUCAAGUACUGCGGUUGCGAAAAAAGUACCGCACACGCAUACACAAUAUCCUGCAAGCCAGUCGACAGGGUGCUGCACUGCUAUAUGGUCUCAUCGCUUGCGAUAAACAUCUCGUUGGCAUCCUGCGUCCGCAUGGCCAUUCACUCUACCCGGCUGAUCUCAGAAUUCUUUUUGAAACGGUCUACUCGCGUGGAUUUGAGCAAGGCGGUGAGUACUGGCUUCCGUUGUGCCUGCCAAAGUUCAACGCUUCCGGGUUUCUGCACAUAUACGUUUACUUUAUCACACGCAGUAUCAGUCUCAUCUUGGUAUCAGCAGACAAGGAGUCCUUCUUUGAGCUGCAGGGUAUCAAGGAGACUGUAUGCAGACGGCUGGAAAAAGAUGGGCUUAUUCGGGAGCUGAAGAAGGCGGCACAGAAGCCAGUGACUUGCAAAGAGGUGGGUGCUGGUCAGCUCGAGCAUUUCUUCUACAAGGCACGCUCUAAAGUGCAAUUCGUGGCACCAGGUCUGCCACCUGCUUUGCCGAAAUCCGAUCAUGUCGAUGGAUCAAUGCGUAUCCCUACGCAAGUCUCGCUUUCACGGAAACGUAUCUGUCAAGUCUAUGCGAGGCUAUUGGCGGCACCGACGCACAAGAUUGAGAUUCUACAUUUUGAAGACGGCUUGCUGGGAUUAUGCUGGCAGACGAAUGUGUUUCAAAUUUGCCUCAUUGCUCGGGAAGCACGGUGCGAUACGGGUGGCCUGAUUGCUGGUGCCAAUGCCAUCCAUCAUUACAUGCGGCGGGAAGAGGGGCGUGUCUUGCUGAGUGAUGGCGCUGUAUUCUAGAUCAAUAGACUGCUCUACACUGUCAGAACCCUGUC